CAACAUUGAAAGCUUCCAAGGUUCCCUGAAUUCAAUCACGUACCCGGCCAAGGUACACUAAUCUUUCUACACUGUCUUUUUUAUUUAUUUAAACAGAUACCAAUUCUCAGAAUGCGACCAUAUUUUCCAUAAUUCAUCUUCUUUCUUCGCAAGCUAGCGCGUUGCUGGUUUGCGAUGUUAAAGAUUGUUUACUAUCUAGGUCUUUCUUCACCUACGUAGUCAACUCUUUCAACGGUCUCUUUCGCAUCAUCUACGAUUAUUUUCAACUCGUAUUACUAUCACCGCAUCUCGCGAAAACAACAACCGAAUUUACAACCUCAAUUUCCACGAUGGCGCUCAGCGUCGGAAAUGGCGCCCCUUCACCGCGAUCUUUCGCGAUCCAGCAUCAGCGACCGAGAGACAGUUAUGGAGGAUGCUCUAGAAUCAGCGAAUACGAGCUCCUAGGAAAACUUGGAGAGGGUACCUUUGGUGAGGUCCACAAGGCGAAAUCGCGAAAAACAGGCACUCUGGUUGCGCUCAAGAAGAUUAUUAUGCACAACGAGAAAGAUGGUUUCCCCAUUACAGCACUCCGAGAAAUCAAGCUUCUCAAGCUCUUGUCGCAUAAGAACGUUCUACGUCUAGAGGAUAUGGCCGUCGAGCACCACAGCAAAUCGACGGACAAACGAAAGCGACCCAUUAUGUACAUGGUGAUGUUAUAUAUGGACCACGAUUUAUCUGGUCUACUCGACAAUCCUUCCGUCCAUUUUACCAUACCUCAGAUUAAAUGCUACCUUCUCCAACUCCUCGAAGGCCUCCGUUACCUACAUGAUAGCAAGAUUCUGCAUCGCGAUAUGAAAGCGGCGAACUUACUCAUCAAUAACCGAGGCAUUCUUCAAAUCGCAGAUUUUGGUCUUGCGCGACAUUACGAUGGGCCCGUCCCCGAACGUGGAAAAGGUGGUGGCGAAGGUCGAAGAGAGUACACUAGUCUUGUAGUCACUCGAUGGUACCGACCUCCUGAGCUCUUGCUUCAUCUUAAGAGAUACACAACUGCUAUUGACAUGUGGGGUGUUGGUUGUGUCUUUGGGGAGAUGCUGGUUGGUAAGCCCAUAUUAGCGGGGGAGAGCGAUGUACACCAGCUAGAGAUUAUCUUCGACUUAGUUGGCACCCCCACAGAACAAACGAUGCCAGGGUGGAAAAAGCUGCCUGGUGGCGAAGCCCUCAACCCCCGACCACGGCCCGGAACAUUAUCGCAACGAUUCCGCGAACACGGCUCAAGCGCUAUCUCUCUACUAAAGGAACUUCUAACACUUGACUGGCGAUCUCGUAUUAAUGCGAUCGACGCUUUGGAGCAUCCUUACUUCAAGACCGCUCCCUUUCCGGCAAGGCCAGAAGACCUCCCUACCUUCGAGGAUAGCCACGAGCUGGAUCGUAGAAAGUUCCACGACCGAAAGGCUGCUCUUCCACCCGCUCCUAAGGGCGGUACAGUUGGUGUAGGCGCAUUUGAAGGUCCUAAUGCAGGGUUUGGUAGUGGUGAUGGCUACGGCAACAGGAUGAACGGCAGGUACCCGCCCAAGCAUCAUGGUGCUAAUUACCGAGGUGGUGAGGAAGGAGGACGUAGACCAGCCUGGGCCCGAGACCAACCUCAUAUGGAUCAUCGACUACCACCCCGUCCCCCUCCGCCUGAGUAUCCUGGUAAUGGAUGGGAUAAUCCUGCGGAACACCACGACUCAUACCGAGACCGAGCUCCCAGAAACCGCGGGGGAAAUCGACCAGAUGUUGAUACAUAUAUCCCCAGUUACCGUGCUGGUGGUCGAGACGAGCGCCCACCUAGGGAAGACCGACCGGCAAGAGAUGACCGUCGAAGAUGGGACGAUCGGGAUGAUAGAAGACAUGGUUGGGAUCGACGCGACAGAGAUUAUGACGACCGCAGCCGAGCGAGCCAGACGCGAAGUCGAAGCCGCUCCCCAGUUCAGGAUAGGGAUCGAGAUGUGUAUCGUCGAUAGAAUCGCGAUAACGAUCGGGAUUACCAUCAGAGAAGGUCGAAUUAUCGCCCUCAGCAAGCUCCACCUCUGGGGCGAGAACGCCCUUCAAGAGAUAAAAAACAUUGAGUGAGCCUGAGGCAUGUAUUUUACCUACUUUUUAUGCAAGUAGGGAUGGUUUUUAGGGGCAGCAACGGCACGCGGCAAGGUAGCAAGCCGACGGCAGGAAGGGUUUGCCGCACAUGAUGCUGGCGUUUUUGGUGCCCUAUUUUGAAUGUGCUUUUAAGGGAUUUAGGGCUCAGGCGCGUGCUUGAGAAGUAUGCAUUGCUGUAUCUGGUGUGUAGCUAGCAUGGACCUUUAUUCGCGAAUUGACUUGAUUUUAAUGAUAAUAAUUUGCAUGGUCUUGUAUUGUGCGGAUGAAGCGGCUCUUGAGAACUGUCUCGUGUGCUGUGAGGCCAAGGCUAUGAGAAAUGUAGUCAUAUAAAGCUUUAGACGUAAAGGUCUAGACCUCGAUCCUUCCCCAGACCAUUGGAUGAGGCUGGGUGAACCUACAUACAAUCUUAUAUGGUAACGAUGGUUACAUCGCGUCUAUUUUCCGCAUACAAGGCAGC